CAACCCGCUUUCAUGGUAGGGCCCUUCUGGGCUGGCAGGCCAAUUCAGGAACAAGAUAAGGACCGCUGGACCGCUCUCAAUUUAGGGGCCAGCCAGGUUUGUUCAUCAGCGACUCUCUGGCACUGGCAUAAUUUUUCUUUCCCCUCCUCCCACCUGCCCCCAGCUUCUGUCCUUCGUUUCUUGCCUGCUAUUUAUAUUGUUUUGAAAUUCGAUGCCGCUCGCUUUUUUCGCUGGGGCGGCACAGCACUCUCGUUGAGUCAGAUUCUGCAUCGCUUUCGCCCACCAUGGUUGCCAAGCUCGGCUCGCCGCUGGGUAAGCCGUCCUUGGCGGCCACGACGGCCCAGUUCAGGAACUGUUUGCCAGCGCAGUUUCGGCGCGUUCUACCCCUCUACGUCGCCGCCAUUUGCCUCGUUCUCUUCGUCUUUAACCUGAACCUCUUCCCGUCGAGCGUGCCCAUCAGUCGUCCGGCGGUGCCCGCGGCAAGCGUGCCCCAGGUCCGGAACGAGUUCCCCAGGAAGAUAUGGCAAACGUGGAAGGUGAACCCGCUCAAGUUCGAGGAGCGGGACCUCAACACUGCGCGGACAUGGCUCGCCAAGAAUCCCGAUUACCGGUACGAGGUCCUGACCGACGACAAUGACAUGCGCUAUGUCGAGUACCACUUUGGGCCGAACGGCUUCAACCGUCCCGACAUUGUCGAGUUUUAUCGCGGUCUCAAGGCGGCCAUCGUCAAGGCCGAUCUGCUGCGGUACAUGAUCAUGUACGCCGAAGGCGGUAUCUAUGCCGAUAUCGACGUUGAGGCCCUGAAGCCCGCGUCCAAGUUCAUCCCGGCGAGGUUUGACGAGAAAGAUAUCGACAUGGUGGUCGGCGUCGAGAUUGACGAGCCCGACUGGAAGGACCACCCGAUCCUUGGUCCCAAGUCGCGUUCCUUCUGCCAGUGGACUUUCAUGUGCAAGCCACAGCUCCCCGUCAUGAUGAGGCUGAUUGAGCAGAUCAUGACGUGGCUGAACGGCGUCGCCAAAGAACAAGGGGUUACCAUCGGCGAGGUCAAUCUGGAUUUCGAUCAGAUCAUCAGCGGCACGGGACCAUCGGCUUUCACCGAGGCCAUCAUGGCUGAGAUGGAACAGAACAAGGAGGAUCCCAACCUCAAGAUUGACUGGGACCUGUUCCACGACCUAGACGAGUCCAAGGUGGUGAGCCGGGUGCUCGUACUCACCGUCGAGGCGUUCGCUGCUGGGCAGGGGCACUCACAUUCCGGCACCCACGACUCCAGAGCCGCUCUCGUCCGACACCACUAUCACGCCUCCAACUGGCCCAGCAGGCAUCCCCGUUACAGCCAUCCGGCGUACGGCGAGGUCGAGAGGUGCAAUUGGAACCCCGAGUGCGUCAGGACGUGGGACAAGAACGUCGAAGCCUUUUCGAAGCUCUCGGAUGAGGAGAAAGCGAAGAUCAUUGAACAAAAACAAAAAGAAAAGGAGGAGGAGGAGAAGAAGAGGAAAGCUGAAGAGGAGCAGAGGAGGAAAGCUGAGGAGGAGAAGAAGAAGAAGCAAAAGGAGGAGGAGAAGAAGAAGAAAGAGGCCGAAGAGGCGGAGCGGAAGAAGAAGGAGGAAGAGGAGGCAUCGAAGGAGAAAGAGAAGGAGAAGGCCGAGGGCCAGCAGAAGGAGCAGGAACCGGAGCAGCAGAAGAAGUCCGGUUGGUUUUCAUGAACUGCGUUGCCAUCUUCUUUCUUCUUCAGCAACCUUGAGGGCUGAAGAGGGGCGUACUGCACUUGGCGGGGGGGAAGGGUGGGGGGGUUGUCUGAGGGUUUAUGUUUAAUGAAAAGCGUCUUCCUACCUGGUAUGCGCUGGAGGGGUAGAGGGUUCGACUGAGGGAGGACAGCAUUGGGUUCGGGCGGCACCAUUCUCUCACCAGCGAAGAAAAGUCGAUGGUGCUCGGUGACUUGGCCGGGGCCUUAAGCGGAUGGGAUGCAUGACUGCUCUUUUUUCUUAGAUGUACAUAGGUAUGCUUGCUUAGACCGCUGAGUCCGGGGACUUUGCUGCUUCUUGGUUGGCGUUUUUACUGGGUCGUGGCUGUGGGACCUCGCGCUGGAGUUGUUGUCGUCGUCGUGCUGGGGUGGCAUUAAUUAGACAGGUGCUAUGAAAGUAAUUAAUACCAGUAUUGAAUCUCAUGAC